UGGUAUCUCAUUAAAGUAAAUAGUGGGAUAAAAUAUUGUGAAUAAAAAUACAUUGGUGAAUUUUAAUACUAAAUAUUUGUUAUUGCGCAAAUAUUUCAAUUUUAAUAACAAAUUCUAAUUAAUAAUUAUAAUUUUAUAUUAUAUUAAUAAUAAUAAUUGUCGUUGUGCGAUUAUUGUGAUCAAGCCGUGUUGCUUUAUUUAACAUAACCUAAUAUUUAUAUAUAUUAAAUUAUUAAAUUUAUAAAAAAAAUGACAAGUCGUUUAAAUGUUUUACUAACAUUUGUACGUGGUCAUCGAGCUUUUCCAAAAUCAUGGAAUAAAGAUGUUGUUAAAUAUGGUUUAGUAAAAUAUCUUCCAUGUAAAAAGGAUCAUGUAGAUCCUCCAAUUACACCAUCAAAAAUUUUAAUGGUUCAUAGAGUAAAACCUUUUAAAGGCAAUCCUUAUUGGGAAAAAAAAACACUCAAAGUGUUAGGAUUCGAUGAAGACGAAACAAAAAGAUAUCCAGUAUUUGUAAAGAAUACACCUGAAAUGUGUAAUUUGCUUUGGUCAGUAAAACAUUUAAUAAAAGUUGUCCCAGUAAAAUUACCAAAGAACCUACCAAAUACUAUCGAUGACUUUAGAGAAUAUUAUAUACAUGAUAAUGGAACAAUUCAUUUUGGUGGAAAAAUUAAUCCUGAACGUUAUCAAGCUACAAUGGAUUAUCAAAAUUCUAUAAAAUUAUUAAAAUCCGCUACUAUUAAAGAGAAGCUUAGACUUUUGUGGUUAAAUGGAAGUCUUAUGUAAUGUAAAAAAUAUUAGAAAUAUAUUAUAAAUAUAUAUAUACAUAAGAUA